AUGGGUGUUUUGGAUCAUCUCUCCAACGUGUUUGAUCGCUCCUCUGGAGGUUCCAAGCUCAAGAAACGCAAACAAUUGCAGACAGUGGAGAUAAAAGUGAAAAUAGAUUGUGAAGGAUGUGAGAGGAAGGUGCGAAGGGCAGUUGAAGGUAUGAAAGGGGUUAGCUCAGUGGAGAUUGAACCUAAGCAAAACAAGCUUACAGUGGUUGGUUAUGUCGAGCCUGAAAAAGUGGUAGCUCGAGUGAUUCAUCGGACCGGGAAGAAGGCUGAGCUUUGGCCCUAUGUCCCGUAUGAUGUAGUCGAACAUCCUUAUGCACCCGGCGUCUACGAUAAGAAGGCCCCGGCUGGGUACGUGCGUUAUACCGAGGACGCUCAAAUCUCGCAUCUUGCACGUGCAAGCUCGACUGAAGUUCGUUACACCACUGCUUUUAGCGAUGAAAAUCCUACUGCCUGUGUGGUUAUGUGA